AUGCAGUCUCUGAUUGAUAUCUUGCACAGUAACACCAAUGGAGAAAGCGAGGAUAUUCAAGAUAAAAAAAAUUAUACCGUACAAGCUGCGGAAGAACUAACAGUAUCAUCAUCAUUAACUACUUCCCAAGAACAACAGGAUCAUUCAAAUAACAAAAAAAAAGUAAAUGAGCUAAACAGAUCAUUAACAGCUCGUCAGGUAAGUAUGAUAUCUAUAGCUGGCUCCAUUGGUUCAGGGUUGUAUUUAUCUAGUGGCAAAUCAUUAGCCAACGGAGGGCCAUUAUCUUUAUUAUUAGGUUAUUCAAUAAUUGGUGGCUUGGUUUACGUCACGUUGUUGUCAUUGGGCGAAAUGUCUACUUUAUACCCCGUUUCUGGUUCCUUUUGCUCAUUUGCACGUAGAUUUGGUUCUGAGUCUUUAGGCUUUGCCAUUUUGACAAAUUAUACAUUUAACGACAUGGUUAGUGUGGCUAGUGAUUUGACCGCUUUGGGUAUCAUAAUAGAAUAUUGGAAUGAACAUUUCCAUUACUGGAUUGCUGGACUAAUUGUUUGGGGUGGUUUGUUAUUUUUGAACAUUUUCCAUGUAAGAUUUUAUGGCGAAAUGGAAUAUUGGUUGGCUAUAUUGAAAGUAAUCACCAUUGUAAUUUUCUUUAUAAUCAGUAUUGUGGUUAAUGCAGGCCACAAUUCCAUGCAUAAAUAUAUUGGUUUUCAAUACUGGUCCCACGGCGAUGCACCAUUUGUUGAUGGAUUCAAAGGUUUUGUCACUGUUUUUGUAUCUGCAGCAUUCUCCUAUGGUGGUACCGAGUCUUUGACUUUAACUGCGGGUGAAGCUAAAAAUCCAGUUAGAAACACCCCUAAAGUUAUCAAAACUGUAUUUUGGAGAAUUGUUAUUUUUUAUGUUUUCAGUAUGUUUUUCAUUGGUAUGAAUGUUCCGUACGAUUAUCCCAAUCUUUCCACUAAAACAGUGAUGACCUCUCCAUUCACUAUUGUUUUUCAACAAGUCGGUGCAAAAUCCGCCGGAUCUUUUAUGAAUGCCGUCAUUAUGACCUCCUUGAUCUCUGCUGGCAACCACGCCCUAUUUGCCGGCUCUCGUUUACUAUACACUUUGGCUACUGACGGAUAUUUCCCCAAGAUUUUCGCUUAUAGAAGUAAACAUAAAGUUCCAGUUGUCUCCGUUUUCUGUGUUUGGGCGUGUGGUGGUUUGUGUUUUGGUUCAUCUUUUAUUGGUGCUGGUACUUUAUGGUCAUGGUUGCAAAAUUUGGUUGGCGUUUCAAAUCAAUUAUCUUGGUUAUGCAUAUUGAUCACCUCCGUGCGUUUUAGACAGGGUUUGAAAAAACAAGGUAAGGAAGAUUAUUUGAAAUUUAAAAAUUGGACUUAUCCCUAUGGUGUGUAUUUUGCCAUAUUACUCUCUGUAAUAAUUAUUUUGAUUCAAGGAUGGAGUUCUUUUGCCCCUUGGAAUACCUCGGAUUUUUUCAGUUACUAUAUAGAAUUGUUUAUUUUCCCAACAACUUAUCUGAUUUGGUUUGUUAUUAAAAGAGAUAAAUGGGUAUCCAGUGAAGAAAUGGAUUUUGAAGCCGAUUUGUAUGUACAGACUGAGGAAGAAUUAUUAUUAAAUCAUCAAUUGGAUAAUUUGCAUGGUUGGCCCAAAAUGAGACAAUAUAUUUCAGAUUAUUUUGUUUGA